GCAACUCCCAAUCCUCUGCACAAAAUAUAACCGAUAUUCUCUUCUUACAUCUCUCUCGUAAUGGAAGGAAACAACUCCUACGGCACCGGAUCAUCGUGGGCGGACCAGUGGGACACCAGCAACCCGGCGGCUCCGACCGAGAAGAAAAGCAGCGCCGGCGGCGGCGGUGGUGUAACCGCAAAGUACAAGCAGAAGGUCGGGGAUGGGCUUGAGAAAACCAAAUCUGCAGCUUCAACCGGGAUGAAGAAGGUCAAACAAGGAACGUUUUCGGGGAUUCAAUGGAUCAAAGAUAAGUAUCAUAAAACUACCCACAAGAACUAGUCUACGAGGUUCAUCUUUUUUGCUUUUCGUUAGUUGAUUUUAUUUGAUUUUCUCACA